AUAUAUUCGAAGUGAUUUAGUUUCACCGGUGAAUGUUUGCAUAAGUAUUUUUGGUUUUUAAGUUUUAUUUUCUCAUUCCUCUUUGGCUACGUCAUCGUGCCAUUUAAAUAGUAGAAAAGCUAAACCACAGAAGCAAUACGGUAUCUGACGUUGGACAACCAGUAGUAGCCUCAGAUUUGAUGUAUAAUAUAUGUUAUAUAUAUAUAUAUUAAAAGCAAAUGAAAGUAUGGCUUCUAGAAGCCAGCUGUUUUAGAUUUACCUAUCUGGUUUCAUGAAGCUAGUUUUUAAAUGCUGUGUGAAUAGUGAAUUAUAAGUGGGAGCUACUGAAAUAUGCAUAUGGGAAGCUUGGUAGGAUAAGUCUUUUUAGAAGGACCGGGAUUUCUCUGUUCAUUGAAGAACUGAAUCAGAGGUAUAGAAGAAAACUAUAACACCUUUACGUAUAGUGAUCUCUUGAAUGAUGUCGCAACUUGUAGUGCCACUUGCUCAAGAUCAGCAAUAGUGUCUAUUGAGUUGACUGCUCUAGUUUAAAUUUGCAUAAAUAGGUUGAAUCCUUUUUUAUAUCUUCUUUUGGUGACAGAUAGGCAGAACGAUAAUUUACCUCGUAUAUGUGGUGAAUGUAUCGACGAGACAAAACGUUAUUUCUAUCGAAAUAAAAUAAAACUAGUGUAGGUUAUAAUCUACACUGUCUCAGGUAUAUUAAUCUAUUCCUUUUUCCACAUGCUUUUGUUCUUUGUAGUGUCAAUAAGUUCUUGUAAUACCUCAUUCAUUGGCUUUUCGCUGUGUCACAGCUUUAACUAAACCGUAUCUGUGCCAAGUUCUAUGUUGGUUCAUCUAUAAGAAUGCAUGGUGGUUUUAAUAAGUUUGGUGGUAUCAUGUGUAUGGCUUCCCACAAAACCAAAAGCAAGACUUGCUAAGCAAAAUGCUUAUCUAUCCCCUUGAUACAAAAAUCAAAUGUUUUCUUUUGUCCACUUGCACCUAUAAUUAUUUUCGUAUUGCCAGACAUUCGUAAACCUUCUGUGCUAAUGUAUUGUAUUCAAUUUCUCUUCACUUUUAUUUUGCUUUUAGUCUAUGUAAUGAAUAAAUCGAAGAGUAACAAAACCAAACCUAAGGGUGCCUCAGAUGGUGCGUCCUCUGUUUAUGGACAGACGGAUAAGGAACUAACUGCAGUAUUAAUUGCAGAUCUUUUGUUUAACCGUUUUGAACCGUUGAGUGAAUUCAUCCCUCCAUGUUUACUUCCAUUGGGUAAUGUCCCUCUGCUGUACAUUAAUUUAUCUACACUUGCCUCUGAUGGUUUCAAAAAUAUCCUUAUAUAUACUAUUAAAAGUUAUAAGAAAAUCCAGACAUUUAUAAAGCAAGUUAAAUUAAAUAGUUGUUUCCCUGGAUUGAAGAUCUGUGUACGAAAUGUUGAGAAAUGUCACAAUUUAGGUGAUAUUAUGCGGGAUCUUGAGUCAAGUGAAUUUCUUAAUGGAGUAUCAGACUUCUUACUCGCUCCUGCCGAUCUGAUAUGUGGUGUUUCUCUGACGAAGUAUGUGCAGAAACAUAAGGAGCGGCGUGAAAAAAUGCCAAAUGCCAUACUCACCCUUCUGUUACCGUCUCUCACUGAGGUGAUAAGCCCGGUGCAAGCUUCUGAGUUUAAAGUUAAUGUUAUAUUUUCAAGAACUAAUAAUAAUCGUCUGAUAAACCUUUUCCAUGAGUCUCAAGGUGAAGUUUCCCCAAUUCUCGUAAGCGAUGUCAUGAAAAGCGGAGAGGUCAUUGAGUCAUCUCAGUUAAUGGAUAUUCAACUGGCUGUAUGCAGCAACCACAUACCACCAUUAUUUCAAGAUAAUUUUGAUUAUGAAACAAUGGAUGAUCUUGUUAAUGGAGUACUAACAAAUGAAGAAAUUAUGGAGUAUACUAUUCACAUUGAAUCGCUACCUAAAGGGCCAAUAGUAGUUCAAGCUGCUCCCGAUCUCAGUAGUUUGAUAGACUUAAAUUUCCGACUUCUGUCUCGACAAGGUGGAUUUUGUUUCUCAUUGCCACCGCUUUAUGCUAACUCAUCAUCCUUGGAUUCUGAAAUUUUAGCAGUUGGUCCGCAAGUUUUUGUCUCUGCAUCGGCGAAAAUCCAUCACACAGCACGACUAAUUGGGGCUUGUUUUAUUGGACCCAAGUGUGAGGUUUCAGCUCAUGCUUGCCUGAUUGACUGCGUUUUGGGAGAUAAUUGUUUUAUAGGCGAAAAUGCGUGUUUACGUCGUGUUAUCGCUUUGGAUAAUGUUCAUAUUUCUGAUCAUGUGAAAGCAGAUGUAGCUUGGUUGUGUUCCAAUGCCCGCAUAUUAUCUGGUUUUAAACUUUCCAAUAAUUGUUUCAUGGGACCAUCACCAACAACACCUGUGACUUUAGGCCCAGGAUCUGGAAACUUACCGAAAAAUAGCAUAUUGGUGGCACCUCGUUCUGGUGACAUAGUCUUGGAUCCUUCAGUUGGUGGGGAACAGACAUGGGCUACUUUUUAUAGGAGAAGACAGCUAUCAGAAACAAGUGGUUCCAUGGAAAAUCUUUCUGAGGAGGAUACAAAAUCUAAUCCAUUACAUUUAUCGUCAAAUAGUGAACUGGUAAACUCUUGCUUAUGGGAGACAGCUUGGGAUCGCAUUAAGCAUGCAGCUAAAACACGUCGACAAAAAAUGAAUCAAAGGCGUAGUUACAGUCGAACCAGUGAAAUGCAUUCCGGUAGAUCUAGCAGACCACGUCGUUUAACUAGCGAUAUAAUAGACAGUGAUGGAGAUGUAGACUGUCAAUCAAAAGAGACAUCAAAAAUUGAUAGUGAUGUUGAUGAUGAGCAAUCAGAAAAAUUCAUAAUUACUGAAUUCAAACGGACUUUAGAACGUGGUGAACGACAUUCAUAUCCUGCUGAAACUAUGAUACUUGAAGUGAAUUCUUUGAAACAUGCUUAUAAUGUGCCCAUAGAAGAUUUUGGCUUUUUACUAACAAAGGCCUUAUUGGAUUUAACUCGGGAUCAUCUUUCUUCAGAAGCACAAAAUGAUUGCAGUAAAAGUAGUGUUGUAGAAUUCAUUACAAGUCUUCGUAAAUUUCUGUCCAAGUUCAAGAGUGUCUUAUCGUCGUGUAUGUCAGGUUUUCAGAAUACUGGUCGGAUUUAUCUUCAAGCUGUUGAAGACGCAGCAUGCUAUGAUCCGUUAAUAUUUGCCUCUUCUAUGUCUAUUAUUCAUACACUUUAUGAUUGUGAUUUAGUUUUAGAAGACGAUGUCUGGUGGUGGAAAGAUAAUUCACCUCUCUUACUUGACGAGGAUAUUGCGGACAAGACUAAGUCACUAAGGGAAAAGAUUAAACCCUUUCUUGAUUGGCUUGAACAAGCUGAAGAAGAAGAUGAUGAUGAGUGA